GGGAUGGAGAGACACACUGGCAGUGUGUGAGAGAGACGACACACACACACACGGACGCCAUGCUGAGCUCCGUCCUGCUGCGCCUACCAGCGGCGCCUCCAGCCUCCAGGGCCCUGUGUGUGUCCGUGGCAACGCCGCGCUUGGAGGAGGCGGCCAGGCGGACGGCGGGGGGGCUCGCGGACACGAGGGGAGCGGGCCAGGGGGGGCACGCGCGGCCGUUCGAGGAGAUGCCGCACACGGGGAGCAACGGCUGGGUCAACCUGCUGCGCUUCUGGAGGGCCGGCACCUUCAGCCAGCUGCACAAACACAUGGAGGAGUCCUUCCACACCCUGGGGCCCAUCUACAGGGAGCACCUGGGCUCUUUGAGCACGGUGAACAUCCUGCUGCCGGCGGACAUCGGGGAGCUGUUCCGCGCCGAGGGCUUCCAACCGCGCCGCAUGACCCUGGAGCCGUGGGCCACACACAGGGAGACACGCCAGCACUGCAAAGGAGUCUUCCUCAAGAAUGGUAAUGAGUGGCGGUCGGACCGGCUGCUGCUGAACCGGGAGGUGAUGAUGGCGGGCGCGGUGCGGCGCUUCCUGCCUCAGCUGGACGAGGUGGCGCGGGACUUCUGCCGCCUGCUGCGCUCCAGGGUGGAGGCCCGCGGGGUCGCACUGGACGCAGGUCAACACAAGCUGACCCUUGACCCCAGCGCUGACCUCUUCCGCUUCGCUCUGGAAGCCAGCUGUCAUGUCCUGUAUGGCGAGCGGCUUGGCCUGUUCUCCACGGCGCCCUCCGGUGAGGCGGAGCAGUUCAUCGCGUCGGUGGAGAGGAUGCUGGCCACCACCACCCCUCUCCUCUACCUGCCCCCCCGCCUGCUGCAUCGCCUACGCGCCCCCUUGUGGAUUCAGCACGCCACUGCAUGGGACGACAUCUUCAGCCACGCUCAGUCUCGUAUCAAGAGGGGGUAUGAGCACGUGUUGUCGGAGCAGCAGAGGGGUGCUGGGGGGGGCAAAAGGGCCGUGGUGGCCCAGGGGCAGGUUGGAGGGGUGCUGGGGCAACUGCUGGAGAAGGGCCAGCUGUCUCUGGAGCUCAUUCAGGCCAACAUCACAGAGCUGAUGGCUGGGGGCGUCGACACGACAGCUGUCCCUCUGCAGUUUGCCCUUUUUGAGCUUGCCAGGAAUCCCGAGUUGCAGGAGAGAGUGCGAGAGCAGGUGCGGUCGUCAUGGAAACACGCCGCUGGAGACGUGCACAAGGCCCUGCAGGGGGCGCCACUGCUGAAGGGGACCAUGAAGGAGACGCUCAGAUUGUACCCGGUGGGGAUCACCGUACAGAGGUACCCCAUCCGAGACAUCGUGCUCCAGAACUUCCACAUACCCGCUGAGACUCUGGUCCAGGUGUGUCUGUACCCUUUAGGCCGCAGUUCUGCAGUGUUCUCUGAUCCCGCGCGCUUUGAGCCGGCGCGCUGGGGGGCCGCGGAGGCAGGCGGGGGCCAGGAGAAGGAGAAGGAGAAGGAGAAGGCCGGGUUCCGCUCGCUGGCGUUCGGGUUCGGGGCGCGCCAGUGUGUGGGCCGCAGGAUCGCCGAGAACGAAAUCCAGCUGCUUCUGGCACACAUCCUGCUGAACUUCCACCUGAGUGUGUCGUGCACAGAUGAUCUGAGCACAAAAUACACACUAAUCCUGCAGCCUGAGAGAUCGCCCAGCAUCACCUUCAGUACUCUCUAAGAAUAUGUGUGUGUCGCACACACACACACACACACACACACACAAUUUCAUCUGAAAAGUCACCCAACUGCACCAGAGUUUUGCUUGUGUCUUGCUCGUGCAUCUUAGCCUCUCUAAAACAGAUGUUGUAUGUUACCCUACGAUGAUCAAGCACCAAACCCACAUACUCACUGACAGAAAUAUCAGUCAAGUACUAAAAAGUCAUUACACACUAUAUUGGCAAAAGUAUUCGCUCACCUGUCUUGACACAUAUAUGGCCACUUCCUGUUCCAACAUGAUUGUGCACCAGUGCACAAAGCAAGGUCCAUAAAGGCAUGGAUGACAGAGUUUGGUGUGGAUGAACUUGACUGGCCUGCAUAAAGUCCUGACCUCAACCCAAUAGAACACCUUUGGGAUGAAUUAGGAUGGAUAUUGAGAGCAAAUCGCCGUGUCCAAAAUCUGUGCGUGACCUCACAAAUGCGCUUUUGAAAGAAUGGUCAAAAAUCUCAGAAACACACUCCUAAACCUUGUGGAAAGUCUUCCCAGAAGCGUUGAAGCUGUUAUAGCUGUAAAGGGUGGACUGAGGUCAUCAUAAACCCUAUAGAUUAAGGAUGGGAUGUGACCUAAAUUCAUAUGUGAGUCAAGGCAGGUGAGCGAAUACUUUUGGCAAUAUAGUUACUGUUUACUGUAGAUUCACAUGAGCAUGUUGUAUUAUUAAUUGUUAUUGUACCCAAUCAAUGUCAAGCAAGAGAUUUGAUUUUGACUUCAAGAGGAUACUGUAAAAUCCAUACAAGAGUUAAUCAACAAAAGCCCCUUUGAAAGCAAUGUGUCAAUGCCUUUGUUCAACACUUUCUAAUUAUGGGAUAAACACCUUUCAUACUGUUGAAAUGGCUAUAAUAAACUUGAACUUGAAAGUC